GGGCAGAGAAUACAACCAACCAUGCGCUUGUUCCAGCAGCCUCACCAGCACCCGGGAAGGAGAGUGGGGGCCAUGCUGCUGCCCGGACCCCAGGGCCAAACCCCAGCAACAGAGGCCCCUGACACACAGACAUACCCUCCAGCUACUCCCAGGCUUAAGGGAGUCAGCUCCUCUCCACAGCCCGGGCAAGCACACUGACAGUGGCAGCGGUGAUGAAUAGGGUUCACACAAAGGGCACGCCCAUGUAUCAGAAAACUGAGCAUCAGAGAGGGGUACUGGCUGGUCCAAGGCCACACAGUAAAUGGUUGGGUUACACACAGGCCUGCGGGACUGUACUGCCUGCCCUAGCGCACAGGUUGCACACAGAGCUGCGGGACUGUGCCGCCUGCCCUCGCCCGCGGGGUGCACACAGAGCUGCGGGACUGUGCCGCCUCCCCUCGCCCGCGGGGUGCACACAGAGCUGCAGGACUGUGCCGCCUGCCCUCGCCCGCGGGGUGCACACAGAGCUGCGGGACUGUGCCGCCUGCCCUCGCCCGCGGGGUGCACACAGAGCUGCGGCACGGUGCUGCCUGCCCUUGCCCAUGGGGUGCACACAGAGCUUCGGGACUCCGCUGCCUGCCCUCGCCCGCGGGGUGCACACAGAGCUGCGGCACGGUGCUGCCUGCCCUUGCCCAUGGGGUGCACACAGAGCUUCGGGACUCCGCUGCCUGCCCUCGCCCGCGGGGUGCACACAGAGCUGCGGCACGGUGCUGCUUGCCCUUGCCCGCGGGGUGCACACAGAGCUGUGGGACUGCACAGAAUGGACAGGAUCCGCCCCUCAGUCAAAACCCACAGGACUGGAGGAAACAGUGAGCCCAAGUUGGGCCCGUCAGAACCUGCCCCUGUUUGGAGACCCUGCUGGAUUCUUCUGGAGCUGGGUCUCAUAGGUACGCGGAGAGUGGUCAACAGGCACCCCUCCCGAACCCCGCAUGAAGCAGCCAUGGCAGGAGAAGCACAGAAACUGACAGAAGAGCAGGCGCUCAGAAGAGGCAGAGACUAGAGAGACAUCUGGCCUGGCCCUCUCCAUGCCAGGCAGCUUGGCUUUACCCACGUAACUGAUUCUCCACCUUUGUUCUUCUUAAACUGAACUGUGUUUCUGUCAUUUGCUAGUAGCAGAGUCCUAAAGAAUGGGAACGAUACCAACCAUGGCCUCCUACCCCUCUGCUUACCACAGACUUGCCACCUUCAAACCCUAGCACCACCAUUUCUUUAAGAUGGAGAGAGACCAGAUGGAGAGAGACUUAAGGCUCCCUGAUAAUGACGGGUGCAUCACUCGCCUCUUGCGGAAAUCACAGGGAAUUCCCUUUUCUACAGCAGGUGGACUCUAACCCAGGAAGGCCUGGGAGCCAUACUGAUAACAGCAACUAACGAGUGGGCUAGAACACUGUCCAGGCCUCCUUCUGGGCUGUGUGUCCACAUGCAUGAAUGCAUGAAAACACACACACACACACACACACACGU